AUGGCUGAUUAUAAACAAAUCAAGGCAACUGCAGUCACAGUUCUGAAGUGUGUGGAGAAGGUGUCCUCCUUCGCCUCCUCCAUUAACCCAAUCUUUAACAUUGUCUCCUCGCUGGUUGGAGCGGUUCGCAAGGGCCUCACUGAUGAGGAGGGCCACCCUCUAGAUAAAGACUUCCAAGCCAUUCACAACAAAUUGGAGAGCAUCUCCCAAAAGAAAAAAGAAUGCCUGAAGAUGAUCCUCAUCAAUGAGGUGAACGAAACUUAUGGAAAGUACGAGGAGUACAUCAAGCACCAAUACAAUGCCUUCAACAGCAUGGUGGCACAAGUGAAGAAGGAUCCAGACAACUCUCAGCGUUACAUGGAGACCUUUCAAAAGAUUUAUGAGCGAGACGAGGCCGAAAACAGCUUGGGUGUUUACUACCGCGGAGUGAUGGGUGUAGGCACAGUCUUUAAAGGUCAGAAGCCUCUGCUGGAGGUGUACCUGGACAACUGUGAUGGUGACCGGGAAAUCAUGGAGCAUCGCUGUUCUCACAUUGCUCACUUGUUUCACAUGGGUCUCAUCGCUCUGAUGGGCUACACUACAGUCACAGAGGAUGAUGAAGACGAGGUGCGAGAGAAGUGGGCUCAACGGGUGAUAGACAUCCAGGACAAGAUGCAGGAAGUUCUCAGUCAGUGCAAAGACAAAUCACACUGAACGUUGUC